AUGAGUAAAAUAUUAACCGUUGGUUAAUGCAAAGACAUUCUUCGAGAACGCUCAAAGAAGUGAAUACAAGUGUAUAAUAACGGACUCAUUAUAUAGCGGUUGCAAUACUAACACAUCUAACAGUGAAUAUUUUAAAUCACCUGCGCCCCUGUGCGAUUUCACAUUUUUUUAUCCAUUCUUUCUUUUCUAAUUUCCUUUUUUUGGUUUCCUUUUUUCCCUCUAAAGCAAUAAUAAGAAAAAUUACCUUAAACCCGUUUUACGAAGUGUUUAUUUGCGUAAUUAUAUUCGUAAUAUACGGCAUAAGGAAGUAAUACGGCUAAGGGUUCCUCUGAAGGAUUAAACAUUUUGUGAUUGUUCAUCAUUAUUCAAUUACUAUGGUUCAAUUGCGACGUCAGAUUUUAUCUUGUGGGGGCAUCCUGAAUCAAUUUCAAUUUAAUAUCAAACGGAAUUCAUCAUCUUUACAAAUUAGAGAUAAAAAAGUAAUGCAACCGGAACGAUCUUUUAAGUAUGCAGAUCUAACAGUCCGUCUUGCAGGACCAGACCAAUUACAACCAAAGCCCAAUGUCAGUGCUUUAGCAUUUGGUAAAUAUUUUACAGAUCACAUGUUAAAGAUAUUUUAUCAUGAAACAUUAGGAGGGUGGCAAAUACCAGAAAUUACACCUCUUGAAAAGUUAGUUCUCCAUCCAGCAUCAAAAGUUCUUCACUAUGCUGUAGAGUUGUUUGAAGGUCUAAAAGCUUAUAGAGGAGUAGAUGGGAAGAUAAGAAUGUUUCGACCAGAACUAAAUAUGGAACGGAUGAACAGUUCAGCAACGAGAACUGGUCUACCUACAUUCAUAGGAGAAGAAUUAAUUAAAUGUUGUUGUAGAUUAAUUAGUAUUGAUCAAGAAUGGGUACCUCAUUCUACUGCUUCUAGUCUAUAUAUACGCCCUACACUUAUAGGGAUAGAUCCCACACUCGGUGUUGCAUCUUCAGAAUCUGCUUUACUCUAUAUUAUUUUGUCACCUGUUGGCUCUUAUUUUAACAAAACAAAAGAAAAUACUGGCAUAUCUUUACUGGCUGAUCCCCAAUAUACAAGAGCAUGGCCAGGUGGUUGUGGUAACUACAAAGUAGGUAGCAAUUAUGGGCCUACUAUAUAUGUACAAAAGGAAGCUAUAGAGAAGGGUUUGCAACAAGUAUUAUGGCUUUAUGGAGAAGAUAAUGAAGUAACUGAGGCCGGGACUAUGAACAUUUUCAUGUUCUUUAUAAAUGACGAUGGUGAAAAAGAAUUAAUAACACCACCUUUAACAAAUGAUUUAAUUCUUCCUGGAAUUACAAGAAAUUCUAUUUUAGCAUUAGCCAGAGAAUGGAAUCAAUUUAAAGUCAGUGAAAAGAAAUUUUGUAUGAACGAAGUUUGUCAGUUACUUUCAGAAAACAGAUUGUUGGAAAUAUUUGGAGCAGGAACAGCUUGCGUAGUUAGUCCUGUAUCUUACAUAGAAUAUGUUGGACAACCAUUGCAUAUACCAACGAUGGAGCACUCUAAUCCUGUUUAUAAAAUGUUUUUGAAACAUUUAUCUGAUAUACAAUAUGGUAUUAUACCGGAUCACCCUUGGGUGAUACCUAUCGAAUGAAUAUAGAAUAAUCCAUUUAAUUAUUUAUUACAUAAUUAUAAGCAAAAGCGACUCCAUACAAUGUUUAACAUCGAUUGUAUCAUAUUUAAAAGAAUAGUUGUUGGGAAUGUCACAAUUUUGUUGCUGUUGGCUUCAUGCAAAUGUUGUUGUGAACGAAUUCUUAUUUAUUUACACAUGGAACUGAUUUUGUCAAAGGCAUGUAAGAAGUGAGCAUGUAUUGGAGAUGAAACUCAGGGACUAAUUGUUUCUUACAGAAGCAAAGCAACUUUUUAAUAGUGAGCUAUAAAGACUAAUGUGUUGAUUUGUAUGUGUGUUAUACGUUGAAUGACAGUUUGUACUUACGAAUAUGUGCGUGUUUCUACAUAGAAAUAUAGAUGUAUUGUAUAUAUUUUUUAUAUUACUUAUUUACUAUCUUAUGUAAUUUUAAUAAUUUUUCUAUGGUACAAAUUAUUUAUUCAAUGUUCUACCUCACCGGUCAAGAAGGACAACAAGAAAAGAAUAUGCUAUAAAAAGCAUCAUCUCAAUGCAAUGUGUAUCGUCUCAAUAAAAGUAUAAGUUUAUAAGCA